GACUUAAAUUAUUUUUUUAAUGCAACAAUACUUUUGUCAAUAAUUGUAUUAAUUGCUUACAUUAUUUUAAAACACAAUGUGAGGAUGCGUGAAACACACCCUCCACAUUUCGCCAUUUCUAUUCUUUCUGCCACGAAGGCAUACAAUUGGAGAUUACGUCACGAAGGCCAUUUAUUUAUAAGUUAUAAUAUAUAAUAUAAUUAUAAUAUAAGUCGUUACGCCACGAAGGCAAUUUAUUUAAGUUCAAACUAGAAGCUAAGCCUAUCCGAUUUAAAUAUUGCGCGCACCAGGGCUGGAAAACCACCCAGUGUUGGUCGACCGAGGGCCAACAGCUGAUAGUGCCGAUAGCGAUAGGCGGGAGGUUCGAUAAGAAACUGUGUUGGGAAACUAAGAAACCCGGCAAGCCGGGCUUACAUGCGGCCGCAAGGGCGGAAGCUCGCUCUCAUUCUCGAAUGGCAGCCAAGGCGAUCAGACCUAGGAGCGGACUACAACCCGGAGUGGUACAGCGGCACGAGCGUCGGCACGCCGGAUCCAAGGAAUCGGAACUACAACAACAGGAUGGAGCCUUUCUACCCAUACUUCGUCGCAGGGGUCUACCAACCGGUCGACCACCGUGACUCGGACACGGAUACCAACGACGGCGCACCCCCCAGCCGGGACUCGGUCCUGUCAGACCGGAGCCCCACACCACCCAGCUUCAGCCCAAUCCUCAGCCUCCAGUCACGCGAAGGUCGUAACGGCGACUCCAUCUCCACCGUGCCGUGGUCGCCGGACGCAAGCAUCGCAGUUAGCGGCGAGCCACCUGCGGCGUUUGCAGUUGGAGCAUCGGGGGACGAGGACGACGACCCGACAGCACCCACGGUGGCCCGUUUGGCACGGCUGCAGGUCUUCGAAUCCGGCGAACCGGGGACGGCAACAGUUCACCGUUCGGUGGAUGCUUGGAUCCAGAGCCAGGAGCGCCACGCGUUCGCACCCGGCUACCUUGAGCAAUGCCGGCGGGAAGCCGAACGAUGCCCCUCGGGAAGCCCGAUGUCUUCCGAUGACUCCUCCGUGGCGAUGGACGGUCGCUUUGGAGACGGGCAACUUCGCGCGCCCCAACAGCCGGUCAUCGACGAAGCUAACCGGGCCUGGGAGGACUACGGCGGCUACGUCAACCCAGAGCCUGGGGAAGCCGACGCUGGGAGGAGACUCAGCUCCGGGCACGGUUCCGACGAAGCCAACGAGGAGGAGGACGAAGCCAACGAGGAGGAGGACGCCGCCAACGAGGAGGACGCAGGACCCGCUGCUGGCCAGGACCCAGGAGUCGGAAGAAACGCUCCCCAGGGUUUCGUAGACCCGCCACCGCCGGCCCUACCAGAGGCAUCGCCCGGAUCACCACCAGAGCGGCCCCCGAGGGCAUCUCCCAGAACGCCGCGACAGACGUCACCCCCAGGAGGUGGAAGCCACUAUACCAGUCCGCUACCACGAACGCCCGGACGUUUGCAAAGCUCCCCAAGAACCCCGGAAGGGAUGUUUCGACCGCACAGCCAGCGAUCGCCGCACCCAAUAUCGCCGGGCCUGAGCACCUCUGCGCGCUCCGUACCGCAAACUCCCGGCCGCACGAUCACACCAAGCGAGCUGGGCUGGGAACCGGACCUGAAAUUGUUCCUUAGCAGGGAAAAGGAGGAUGAGGUCCUGCAAGCCCUCCGUGAGUGUCCGGACGCUGGACAAGUUAUGGAGGAGGGUAGACACCCACCAGCGACGACUGCCUACAGCCCUAGUCGCAUCCAUCCAGGAGCAGGAUCGACGGAGGGUGCGCUACCUGCGCCAGAUCGUGGGUCAUCGGUUCCGAGUCACUAUCACCGCCGGGCGGGAAGUGAUCGUUUCCCUCCGCCAUAAUCACG